UCGUGUGGUAGUGCAAUAGAUAUUUGAAAACUGCAACGAAUUUGCGAUGGUAUAUUCCCAGAGGAGUCCAGGUUGCCGGCGCCUGCUGCUCUUGCUUCUGCUUCUCACAGCCUUGGAGUCAGAGAGCGGCCACAUCCACUACUCCAUCCCGGAGGAGGUAAAACACGGCACCUUCGUGGGCCGCAUUGCCCAGGACUUGGGGCUGGAGCUGGCGGAGCUGGUGCCUCGUCUUUUCCGAGUAGCGUCCAAAGGUCAUAGAGAUCUUCUGGAAGUAAAUCUGCAGAAUGGCAUUUUGUUUGUGAAUUCUCGGAUAGACCGGGAGGCAUUGUGCGGGCGGAGCGCGGAGUGCAGCAUCUACCUGGAGGUGAUCGUGGACAGGCCGCUGCAGGUAUUCCAUGUGGAGGUGGAGGUGAAGGACAUUAACGACAACCCGCCCAGGUUCUUGCGGCAGGAACAAAGAUUGUUUAUUUUAGAGUCAAGAAUAGUGGAUUCCCGGUUUCCGCUAGAGGGCGCAUCUGAUAUGGAUGUCGGAGCAAACGCAGAAUUGAAAUACAAAUUAAAUCCUAAUGAAUAUUUUGACUUGGAUGUUAAAACAAAUGAAGGAGAAACAAGCAUUUUAGAGCUAGUAUUAAAGAAAGCAGUAGAUCGAGAAGAAACCCAAGAACAUCUUUUAUUACUGACUGCAGUUGAUGGAGGAAAACCUGAACUAACAGGUACAGUUCAGUUACUGAUCAGCGUAUUGGAUGCGAAUGAUAAUGCCCCCAAAUUUGAUAAAUCAGUUUAUAAUAUCAGACUAUUAGAAAACACACCAAAUGGGACAUUAGUUAUUAAAUUGAAUGCCUCAGAUGCAGAUGAUGGCAUUAAUAAGGAAAUAGUGUACCUUUUUAGUAAUCUUGUUCUUGACAACGUCAGAUCUAAAUUUAUAAUCAAUCCAAAUAGUGGGGAAAUAACAGUUAACGGAGAACUGGAUUACGAAGAUUGUAAUUUAUAUGAAAUUAAUAUUGAUGCUGUAGAUAGAAGUCCAUUCCCAUUAACUGGACACUGCAAAGUUAUAGUAAAACUCCUGGAUGAGAAUGAUAAUACCCCGGAGAUGGUCAUAACCUACAUAUCUCUGCCUGUCCAAGAGGACGCUUCACUGGGGACCGUCAUUGCCCUGAUCAGUCUGUCCGAUCACGACUCAGGUCCCAAUGGGCAGGUGACCUGCACACUGUCGCCCCACGUUCCCUUCAAGCUGGUGUCCACCUUCAAGAAUUACUAUUCGCUGGUGCUGGACAGCGCCCUGGACCGCGAGAGUGUGGCGAACUAUAAGCUGGUGGUGACCGCGCGGGACGGAGGCUCGCCUUCGCUGUCGGCCACGGCCAGCGUGUCGGUGGAGGUGGCCGACGUGAACGACAACGCGCCGGCGUUCGCGCAGCCCGAGUACACGGUGUUCGUGAAGGAGAACAACCCGCCCGGCUGCCACAUCUUCACGGUGUCCGCGCGGGACGCGGACGCGCAGGAGAACGCGCGGGGCGCGUGCGGGCCUGCGAAGCCGGCGCUGGUGUGCUCGAGCGCCGUGGGGAGCUGGUCGUGCUCGCAGCAGAGGCGGCAGAGGGUGUGCUCUGGGGAGGGCGCGCCCAAGGCCGACCUCAUGGCCUUCAGCCCCAGCCUACCUCAGGGUCCCAGCUCUGCAGACAUCUCGCAUGAUGUCGCUGUCUACCACGAAGUUAAUCUAGUUGUUACAGUAUUCAAAAUUCAUUCCUCCUGUUACUGCUUGGUUCCACGAGUGCUGAGUGAUGGCAGGCGCAGAACUGGAUUAACAGACUCGGAUCAUACAAUAUUUCAUCUUAAUGACGAGACAAGAUCUUUUGAUGGCAAUAAAACAAAUUUUUAA